CACAGAGAGAAGUUAACAGCAGAGAUCAAACCAUUUUGAAACUGAAAUCAGAAUUAAAGACUGCUCAGGAAAACGUCAAGAGUGCAUGGGAGGAGAGUCAGAGUCAGGAGAAAUGCAUGAAUCAGCUUCAGAAAGAACUGGAAGCCUGCAAACGGGCACAUGAAUUGGAUAUGGACAAUUUCAGCCGUGAAAAUGCUCAGCUCCGGAAGGAGCUGGAUUCUUGUACGAAGGAAUUGCAGGAGAGACUGGCCAAAAUGCAGCAAUACAAAUCCACAGUGGACGUGCUAAAUGCUGACUUACAGCGCGGACAUCAGCUUCAUCAAAAGGUGGUAGAUGAAGUGUCCCGUUGUGAGGAAGUUAUGCGCAAACAGGAAGUGGAAAUGUCUCAGCUCAGGCGGCAGCAGUUUGAUUCUGACGACUGCUUAGUUGAAGCCAAUCAGAAAUGUAAAUCUGUUGAAAUCGCUCUGGAUCUAUUUAAGGAAAAAUACCAGUCUUCCAUGAAGAAGAUCACAGAGCUGGAAAGUGCCAAGCUGAUCCUAGAGGGUGAAUUAAAAGAUGCGAACAAUCAGGUCGUCAGUCGUGGUGAAGCUGUCUGUAAAGUUCGGAGCGAGCUUUUUACAUUGCAAGGCCAGUGUGAAACCAAGCGCAGUCAAGUGGAAAGUUGUGAGGACACAGUUGUUCAGCUGACCAAGGAGCUGCAGGUUGCAAAAGCUACCCUGAAUGCAUCCAGAGAACAUAUUAAGCAGUAUGAGGAAGUGAUUCACUGCCUUCGGGAAAAAGCAUUUCUUCAUCGCAGUGAGGCUACUGAACAGGAAAACACUAUUGCAAAGCUCCAGACAGACUUUGCUUCCUACAAAGCCAUUUACAGCCACUCUGACAAGGAGUACGAAUCUCAGAUUAUUCAUAUUGAAAAGCUUAAAAAGGAUAUUGUACAUGUCAAUGAUGAGAUUUCUGAAUAUGUUCAGCAAAUCAACAACUACCAGGUGACGAUGCACAAGAUGAAUGCUGAGAUAUCUUCUAUUACAGAACAAAGGAAUAACAGCAUUAAAGAUGUGGCAAGGUUGGAGAAGGUUGUCCAAAACCUACAACUUGAAGUGGCCUCUGAGGUGCAAAAACACAAAAUAGAAUCAGCCAAAAUGGAACAGCACAUUAUGCGAUUGGAAAAUGACCUCCACAACUGUCGCAAGUCUUGCAUGCAACAGGAAGAGGCAAUACAGAAGAGAGAUGACCUCUUGAGGAAGUCUGAGGCAGACCUGCUCCAGGCCCGUGAUAGAAUCAAAGGGAAGGUGGCAGGAAUUGAGAAGCAGAACACUAUGGUAAAAAGCCUGGAGAUGGAGCUUCAGAGACAUAAGAAGGAAAAGCAACAAAAAGAGAAUGAAAAUACUUCCCUCAAGGCUGAGAUACAGCAGCUGAAACAGGAGCUGCAAGAGGCCAACAAGCAGUACAGACAAUCCGCGCAGGACCUGGCACAUCAUGAGGAAAAAGUUCUCCUGAUGGAGAGCAGCCUGCAGACUACACAGGACCAACUGAGCGAUCGCAUUGCAGAGAUUGUACGGCACGAACAGACAAACCGCAAGCUGCAGGCCGAGCUUAGGACACUGAAAGAACGGGGACUGAGCAAUGACAAGGAGAUGGAGGAGGACAGGAGACUGAUUGAAAAGCUCAAAGCUGAGAGUACACAGAGUAAACAGAAUCAUGAAAGUGCUGUCCAAGCAGGAAUAAAGCAACAGCAAUCUGCUCACAAGAUGGAAAUAGAAGUUAACAACACCAGAGAGCAGAUGAAAAUACUGCAACAGCAGGUGCAACAGAAGGAUGACAUGGGAAAACGACUUCGAGAAGAAUUGAGCAUCGAACAAUCAAGACAUCAAGAAUUAGAAAGGCAGCUUCAAAAACUAAAAGAGCGUGCAGAAGAACUGGAAAGAGAAACUGAAAGCAUGAAUGAAAAAUUAAAAACCAAUUCGCAGAUGCUGAAGGACAGGGAUGAUCAGAUUUCAAAUCUCGAACACAGUUUGGCUCAGUUGCAGAGAAAGUACCAGACCCUGCUUAGUAAACACAGAAAUUGUGAAUCAGAGCUGCACUUGAACAAGACAAGCCUGAUAUCAGCUCAUAAACAGAACAAACAUCAUGCGAAAGAGUUGACUCACUAUGAAGAGACAGUGGCCAAGCUUCAGUCAGAGUUGAAUACUUUACAGGAUCAAACACGAAAGGGAACCCGGGACUUGGCAUUAGCAGAUCAAACCAUCCAUGAGCUCAGGCUAGAGCUGACAACAUCCCAGGGCACACAGAAAGAGACUAUGGAGCAGCUGGGUGAGAAGAGCAGGGAGUUAGCAAACUUAAGGAACGACAUUGGCCGUGCUCAGCAGAGAAAUGCUCAGCUGGCUGAAGAGAAUGCAGCCAAUGAGGAAAGGAUGAGAAGACAACACGAAGAGCUGAAGAAGAUGCAAGCACUAAAUUGUCAAACAGAAGAGGAGGUUCAUAUGUAUGAAGACCGAUUAAUGGAACUCGAUAACCACCUCAUGAUAUCACAGAGAAAGUCUCACGAAACCAUGAAGGAGCUGUCGUUUAAGGAAGAAGAAAUGAUGAUAACGAAAGUGGAACUCGCUUCACUUCGAGAAAAAUACCGCUCCAAAGUUGAAGAGGGAGAUACCUUACACAAUGAGCUCAACCUAUUCAAGCAGAAAUACCUGGAGGCUUGUAAUGAGCUUGAAACAUUCCGAAACUCUCUGGAAGGAGCGAGGUCGGACAGUUCAAGACUGCAUCGAGAAAGUGAACUGGUUGUAGCAAACGUUAAUCAAUGGGUAAAGGAACAGAAGGAAGCCAAUGAAAAAUUAGGAAAUAAGAUCAAAACGCAAACCAUGCAAAUACUCCAUCUAUCUACCGAAAAAGACCAUCUACAGGAAAUGAAUGAACGUCUACAGCAUGAGAACAAGAAAUUAAAACGUGACCUGGAUGAGAGAAGGAUUGCAAAUGAGAGGUGGAAGGCUCAACAUGUUAAGCCAUCAGACCACUGCGGUAUCAUCCGGCAGUUCCACAACCAGCACGAAAACCCACUACACACACUAAGGAGCACCUUCAGUGGUUCAGGCAACGUGAGGAGGACCAAGCCACUUGCUGCUAACUGGAGCAUCAAUUAGAAUGUCUACUAUCAGAUCCUGGGAGUCCAAACUAAACCUGGAAUAUAGGCCAUACUUAUCCAUUCAGACGCCAAAGUCAUCCCAGGAAGUCUUUAACCUUUGUCAUGAUUACUCAUGUGCAUUUGCUUUCCCACAAGGCCUACAACUGAAUGGUCCAUUGUGCCACAAAACAAAAUUAUGUGUCAAAACUUUGGGUAGUCUGGAGAUUUGAGGCUGGAUUCAAAAAGUUUAGGACCUGACAGCUCAGAUACAAAAGAGGCAAAAAAAACAUCAGACAAUUCCCCUGAAACAAAUUUUUCGAUUUUCGACUUAGAAGUUACAAUUCUUCAUGCCUGGAAUGAUUAGGGAAAUGAGGCUAGCAUAAGCCUGUGUAAAAGAUUCCCAUUUUAAAUUGUUUUAUUUGCUUAAAAAGAUUAAUUAGGGGUAAGAUAGGAAUAGGUUAGUGCUUACCCUUGAGAAACGCAAUAACUUUUUUUCAGCCUAAUGCAAAACAUUUGUAUUUGGAGAAAUGAGUGCAGUAAAAAAUGUAUGCAGUCUACUUUUAAGUAUUCAUUAUUACAAAUUUAUGAAAAUAUUUUUGCGGGUUUACACUAUAAAUUUUCACAUUUAGAAAAGACACUCAAGGUACUUGAAGCUUAAAUAUUUUGUUUUGCGUUUAUGUCAUGUGUGAUAUAUGUACAAGGAAGCCAAGGAAACAGUAAUGGCCACCGAGGGCAUUACAGAACUCGCUCUCAGUUAGAAAGAUAUUCCUUUGAUGGUAUCUAUAGUCUUUUUGUAACAUUAAUUUAUUAUUUUAAAUGUUAGUAAGAUUGUAAUGUAAUAAACUCCCAAUAGCCAUGUGAAGUUUUUGGACGUGCUGAAAAUUCCUCAAACAAUAAUAUUGGGUUGAUAUGGUGCCCCUCACCCAGGGUAGCGUCCCAGAGCUCUUGAACAAACAUUUGUGAACAAAAUUGUGCUUUUACAUUAACAUGAGCUCAAACAUUUUGUUCUGUAUGGUUCAGCAACCCAACAAACAGGUCAUUUACUCACAGACAUUGAGACACCUGGAUUUUUUGAAAAUAUUUUUUUGUUUAGGUGUUUAGUUUCUCAACUCCAGUAUUAAGAGCCUAUAAUUUUUCUUUUCAAGCAGUUUGUCAGCAAAUGUCAACACACAUAGUUACCCAUGGUAAGGUCAAUUCAGAGCAAACGUGUGCAUAGCAAACAUAUCAGCUCAUUGUGCCUACGAUAAUCUUUUAUAAAAUGUUUUCACUUUGAACAUACUAAUAAUUACCACACUUUCGUACUGGGAAUCUGUAAGCACUUCAACUUUGAGCCUCAGUUGUUACAGAAUAUCAUUCCGAGUACUUCUACUGAUUUGUGCUGUGUGUUAAUAGCUAAGGUGAUGGAAAUUAUUACUGUUGAUGAACCUCAUAUUUCUUAUUUUGGCUGAUGUCAUUAACAAAGUAAACUCGAUCCACUCAGGGUACCAUUGAGGUGAAGCCAUUUUGCACUAUUGUACAAUAAGGAGAAAGGCGGCAGUAUCCGAGGAACUGUGUGCAUUUGAAAAAAAAAACAGGAUGACCUGGCACAGAAUUUUGCACAUUAAACAAGAUACAGUAUCAAACAAAAUAAAAGACUUCUCAUUCAAUAGCUAUCUGCUUAAUAUUUAGCAAUACUGUUUUUGCCUACGUUAAGAGAUCAAUCAUUCUGAAUAAUGUGCUCACUAUACAGUAUAUUCUAUACAUUAUGUUAAUUACUACCUAAAUACAACUCUGACUGAAGUGUGAAAUGUUUUGUUGUGAUGUUUGACUAUAAAAAUAUUUUUUCAUUGUAAUGAUGCUGUUUUUGCACAAUGCAGAUUUUGCUAAAUUAUAGUGUAGUAUUUCUUGUAAAUAACUUUGAAUCCAGUUAGAUUAAACGUAAGAGUUUUCUUCUGUGCAGCAGGAACAUAAUAAUUUACUGGCAAUCAAUCACAAAACACAGAGACCAAGAAAAUAAAUGAUUGACUUACAAUUCUGUUGUUCUUAGAUUUCAAUAAACUCUAC